AUGAGCGGCGUGCAGGGGGACGUCCCGGGGCUGCUGAUGGCCGCCGCCAGCCUGCUGCUGCUCGCCGCCGCCGCUGGGAAGGACUGUUGGAGGGAAGGGGCCAAAGACGCGCUGUCGUCGGUGGGGCUGAGCUGGCGCUGCCGGGGCCUGUGGGGGGAGUGUGUGUACGACGGCCUGGUGGGCCUGAGGACCUGCGACGUGUCGCCGUCCUACAUGGAGACGCUGCCCGCGGCCCUGCUGGCCAUGAGGCUGUCCCUGCUGGGGAUGGGCUCUCUGUGCGUCUCCUCCGUCCUGGUCCUGGUCCCUGCUCUGGACUGCGUCCGGCUGCUGUCCAGCAGGCCUGAGGGGCGCAGGCUGCUGCUGCUGCAGGUCUCUGGCGCCCUCUGCCUGUGUGGAGGUGUGUGUGGUGCCGUGGGCCUGCUGUGGUACGGAGUGGAAACUUACAGCAGAUACACACUCGAGGCGGCCCUGCACACUCCCGGAAUCACCUUUGAGUUUGGCGCCUCCUACUGGCUGCUGCUGGGGAGUGAGGCCUGCUGUCUGACCUCUGCCACGCUGACUCUCAGGAGUUGGUCUCGCUUCCGGGAAGCUGUCAGGACACGAGCAGAGCCGCAGAGACAGCCGGACGUCCCUGCUGCUCCACCACCUGCGUCCAGCUUCCAGACGUACAUCUGA